UUCGCAACUCCUCUAAUUUCAAUACCGAAUCCUGACGGUAAACCUCCGGGGAUUGAGAAAGGGCACAACGCGCGAACCAUCAAACUCUCUCGCUAAUCGGGUUCCAUUGAAUCUCUUGAUUGAAUUUUUUUCACCAAACCCCCAGCGCCCCUCAAGGUUACUGCGCGUCUCCUGCCUCAAUUUUGUUGCGUCUACCCCAGUCCGUCCCCGUUGCCAGUUUCCCGGUCUUCCUAGCGUUGUUCAAUCGCUCCACUCAACAGAACAACCACCCCCUACCAAAUUCGACGAGCGCGAAUCCCACGCCCGCCCCGAGCAACGCGUCUUCAGUCCAUCAACCGAUCAAAUCAUAUCAAUCAAUCGACCUCUCGGUAUCGCUCACAACCCGCGACAAAAUCCCGUCAGCUAAAGAAAUCGCGGCGUAUCGGAUUUUCGCAUUUCCCCAAAAGGGUAUAAUCAAGAUCAACACGGAAACAUGGGUCUCCCUUUGUACAUCGCUCCGGUUGAAUCAGAUGUUCCUCCCCGAUCCGCCCCCAAAAGCCCACCUGCACAUCCGCGAUCGGCCAUUCGCCGACGCAGACACGAUGUGUCGGGUGUCGAGGCGCGCCGGCGCGCCGGCUUAGCUGCACACAUCGCCGCCGUCCACGACUACGCAUUCGGGAACUCACAACGCUGGGUCGCCAGAAGAGGAGGUCGCCUUGCGACGCCGCCCAGAGACAACACCGUUGCUGCUGCCGCUGGCCAUACUGCUAUGGAUUCUCCGUCCGACACACAACCGCCUGACGCAGAUCAGUGGAGAGCUGCUACUCGCAGGUUCAGAGAGCCCUCUAACCCCCCGUCAAGGAGGUCAGCUGGUCUGGACGACCGAGCGGCAUCCGUAAUGGCCGAAAGAUGGGCCAACCUUCACACGCGCGCCAGUCCAGACCUGGCCGCCCGUGUGCAGAUGAUCCGCACUGCGAUGGACAGCACGCAUCGGAGCGUACGAACCUCGAGAGACGGUAUAUCGCGUUUUCCCCGGGCGCGGACAUCGCGUUCGCGUGACGAGAGCUUGGAACUGCCACCCAUAAGACAGGAAGUACGAGUCGUAGUCGAACCAUCUCACACUCUUGAGCCAGACUUGUCAACGAUGGGAGGUCUGGUGGGUCAGCGACCUCCACGCUCUUCAAGGAAUACCAGAAGAGAACCAAGUCAAUCGACCCCUAUGGAUGGGCUCGGUGAUCGUAAUCGCAGCCUGAGUCCGGAAGCGGAGAACCCUUGGCACACUAUUGUAUCUACUCUCACACCUGACCCACAGCCACCAAGUGCUAGCUCAUCCUUUGCAUCGACUUCGGCGUCCUUCUCAACAUCGACGACGCAAAGCGCUGGUACAGGUCGUUCCUCGGCCACCUCGGUGACCGGGAGGGACACUCGGAUGGACGAUGUCGAGCAGAACUGCGAGUCGGCCUGUGAGAACUCAGAUACCGAGGAAGAUGAAGACGAUGAGUCUUCCGAGUCGGCUCUUCUUCCAUUUUUCAGCCGCCCAGAGCUUGCUGACGAUGCUCACAUGGAUCAGUUUAUGCGAAGCGUUCGAUCAUACUCCAGUGAGACCGGCGACAGAAAUAGAGGUACACGCACAUAUGCCGAUGUCAUUGGCAACACGGCCGACCGUACAAAUCCGAGUGGAAGCUCGGCAGACAACCCCGGAGAGCUCAUGGGCGAAAUGCAGCGCAUUGUACGCCGUCUCGCAACGCGCGAAGAUAUCCCUGACGAAUGGUGGGCCGAAGUUGGGCUUAGUCGGACCCUGUCUAGAGCGUCUGGCUAGUGCAACGCUCAGACACCACCUGCUUGUCACGGGUCGGCGCACGCGCACGCUGUGGCUUGGUUUUUUUUAUUUGUUAUUCCUGGGAUCGCGAGAAAUGGUUGAGCCAAGGUACAGACCUCAGCGGGUCUGCCGCCGGGUUAUGAUUUUUUUUAUGAAAAUGGCGUGUGGCGUACGGAGUGCUUCAAGGUGAACAUAAGCCAGCAAAAUUCUUUCAUGGGAUUCGGGGUCCGGGACGUAGUUCUCCUGGUUGGAAUGGACUUUGGUAUGAAAUUUGACUGCAAAAAAAUGAUACGGCUGAAGACGGAACCUACCAUCGUUCGCAUUUGAUCGAUGCUGGGCAAGCCAAAGUGAUGGCAGAGUUAGAUAUGACGCUUGGCCAACGUUUGUACUUUAUGUUUAAAAACCUGUAAGAAGUUCUGUUAACUGUGAUACAAUACUUUUGCAUGAAACAACCCAAAUGGAAGAUUCGACGCAGUUAUCAC